AUGCCAUCUCGCACCAGUCCUGAUGUUCCCUCUGCUGCCAAUGUCAAGCUAGCUGCCCGUGUGACUGGCGAGAAGGUCAGCAACAGCAACAUUGCCAGAUUUGACAACUCCAACAUUCAGGACGGUGUUGGUGAUGGCGUCGAUAGCUACACGCUGUACCUUGGCAGCGGAAGCACUUCUGCUGGCUGGCCCGACAAGAGCCGCUGGGUUUCUUUUGAGAAUAUGUUCAAUAACUAUAAGCCGCAGAUGUUCGCUGCUUGUGGCAAUCAGGAUAGUCGUAUUCCUAAUACUGAUGGCCCUGAAGUGGGAGCUAUCUGGGACGGUAUACAAAUGACUUCAGCGGCAACCGGUGUCGAUCACCGUUUUGUGCUCGCCAUUUUGAUGCAGGAAUCUCACGGCUGUGUCCGUGUCAAUACAACCACUGGUGGUGUUAGAAACCCAGGUUUGAUGCAGGAUCAUAAUGGUGUGGGCAGCUGCAACGACAACCACACUGUGCAGAAGCCUUGCCCAUCUGCCACUAUCUACCAGAUGAUUCGAGAGGGAACCGCCGGUACCUCGUCCGGCGACGGCUUGGCCAACUGUAUCAACGAGUCUGGCCACGGCGAUGUCUCCGACUUCUAUCGCGGCGCUCGUAUCUACAACUCUGGAUCCGUCUCUUCAACUGGAAAUCUUCAGAGUAAUAUUGCCACACAUUGCUACGCCUCUGACAUCGCAAACCGACUGACCGGUUGGGUCAGUGCGCCGUCACGUUGUACCUGUGAUAGUAACCCUAGCAGCUGUGGUGUUGUUAACAACUAA